UUGAGCUUAGCUAACGCAAAGGUCAAUCCCACGACUCGACUAGCCAGUCUCUGCUCGAUGCGAUUCCGCUUCGCACCCCGCCGCUGCGCCGCCGCCGCCGCCGCCUCCGCCUCCAAGGGGGGCGGCGGCGGCGGCGACUGCGACUGCUCUGUAUUCCUGCGUUGGCUGCGCAGCAAGUCUGGAACCCACAUUUCUUCUGUAUUAUCUCUCGGAACCUCCUCUGCCUUUGGAAGCUUUUUUUGUCCAUUCAGGUCAUUAUUUGCAUCGGAGCCCAUUCAAGAGGGGGACUGUAUAAUGCAAGUUCCUUACCAUGUUCAGCUUACCCUUGAUAAACUUCCUCAAAAGUUUAACACCUUACUUGACCAUGCUGUUGGAGAUACAUCUAAGCUUGCUGCGCUCCUCAUCAUGGAGCAACACUUGGGAAAUGAAUCAGGAUGGGCGCCGUAUAUUAAAUCUCUUCCCACCAAGGAUCAGAUGCAUAACAUGGUGCUCUGGGAUCUAAAUGAGCUCCAUGCGGUCCAAAACAGCUCAAUUUAUGAUGAAGCCAUUGAACACAAGGAACAAGCUAAAAAGGAAUUUUUGGCACUGAAGCCAGCUCUUGACCAUUUCCCACAUUUGUUUGGAGAAGUUAAAUUGGGGGAUUUCAUGCAUGCUUCUGCAUUGGUUUCAUCUCGAGCUUGGCGGACUCCUAGAGGUGUAUUGUUGAUUCCAUUUGCAGAUUUCCUCAACCAUGAUGGUGUUUUUGGUUCUGUUUUGAUAUAUGAUGAGCAGAAAGAUGUUUGUGAGAUCAUUGCUGACAGAAAUUAUGCUGUUGGUGAACAGGUGAUGAUAAGGUAUGGGAAAUACUCAAAUGCUACACUGGCACUCAACUUUGGAUUUACACUCGCCAGAAACAUAUAUGACCAGGCACUUAUUCGAAUAGAUAUGCCAGUCCAAGAUCCACUAUACAAGAAGAAGCUUGACAUAUGGCAAAAGCAUAGGCUCCCAAUAUUUGAAGAUAUGUGCAAUUUAAGCUCUGCUACUUCUUUUGUCAUAAAGCUUGGGAGGAGAACUUCAGGGUGUGACAGGUCGGCACCCUCGCCCUUCUUGGAGCUCCUCCCCUUCUCUGUGGGGAGUUUCUGGGUUGGAUUGAGGCGGCAGCUCGUCAGCGGGGGAAGCCUAGGCUGCCAAAGCAAUGCCAUCCAGUCCCGGGUUCUCCUUUCGUCCAAAGCUGGCGAGGAGGCCAGCGGGUGGUGGAACGGAGGGGUCCUGGGCCAGCUCUCAGGCAAGGUUGUCAGGAUCGGGAUAAUAGGUAGUAUCGUUUUACUCAAAGUAAUAUCGUACCGUAGGAUCGUAUUGUAGUAUCGGGAUACUAUGGGAUUUUCUUUUUUUAAGUUUAAUUAAUAUUUAUAUUAAUUAUAUAUAGCCAUUCUAUAUUAAAAAAAUAUAGUAAUGAUAUAUGUCAUGCAAAUAGAGAUAUUUAUCGAGAGAAACCACGUUGGUUUUGAUAUAUUUAGCUGAUUUUUAUAUAAAUUUGAGCAUAUUUAUUUAUAUUAUUUAUUUGAAACCAUGUUAUUUUAAAUAAUAUUUUGUAGUAUCGUAGGGAUCAUAGAAUCGGGAUACCACCUAAAAUUUUGUAGGAUCGUGUAGUAAUGAAUAGUAUGAUCGAGAUACUAUGAAUAUUAGGAUACUAUGUGGGAUCGGUAUCGUUUCGGCUUGGUAGGAUCGUAUUAUCGUAAGAUACUAGAAUACGAAUCGGGAUACUGACAACCUUGCUCUCAGGGGCGGUGGUUGAUGUCGGCUGACGGAGGGGCGUCAGUGCGGUGUGGUUCAAUGAAGUCGGCCGACGGAGGGGCGUUGGUGUGGUAUGGCGGAAGCUACGUGUUGCCAUUUGUCUGUGUGGUGGUUCUGAGUUGGUGGACGGCGAUUUGCAGUCAAGGUUGUAGGGUCCCAGGCGAAAGCCUAGUCCGGUGGUUCACCGGGCCGGCAGCGGCUACGUCUUCGGGCGUCGUAACCUCCUUGGGGCGUUGUCGAGGGGUAUCCUCUUCCUUUCUUGAUGAGCUUCUCUGGGUGAAAACCACAUCUUUUUUAGAUGGGCGAUGGCGGCAUCCUGGAUGUCGUGACCACCGUGGUGGCAUCGUUUUCAGAGUCUUGUCUCUGUGGUGUUGCCGUAGGCCUAGCGGCGUUCGGCCACGCUUAGCGGGGGUCGUUUGGUGCUAGGCUUCACCCUCAGCGGUUUGUGCUUGGGUGGUAGCGCGUGGUGUGUGGUCAUGCACCUUGGUGCAUUGUGAUGUUUUUUUCUUGUAAUUUUUACUCCUUCUUAAUACAUUCGGAUGGCCUCCUUCGGCCUUCCCGGCGAAAAAAAUAGUCAAAAAGUUAUCAUUCUGUAAUAGCUUUGGCAUGAUAUAAGAAAAUGGUCUCUGCUUGUAUUUUAAAUUCAAAGAAUGG